UUCACCGGAACACCAUGGAAGGAAAUUCAGAUUGGUAGGACGGAAAAGGGCAAGCCGUUUCUCUUGAAUCCUCCGCACACAAACUUCGGUCUGAACAUUACGCACCAGGGGGACUUCGUCGGGUUUGCAAGUAGCUGCACCUCAAGCGUCGGUGUCGAUCUCAUGCGACUGGACAAAAAACGUGCCGGCAAGACCGCAGAUGAAUACAUCAAUACAAUGGCGAAGUCAGCGUCCCCUGGCGAGCUGCGAAUGAUGCGAAGUCAACCAACGGAGGCGAUGAAAAUGACCAUGUUUUACCGCUACUGGUGCCUCAAAGAGGCAGUCUUGAAGGCAACGGGAGAUGGCAUCAUCGACGAUCUCAGCCGGAUCAAUUUCCAAGUCGACGUAAACGACAGAUACAGACCAGGUACUUUUCUAUAA